UGUUUGAGAAGGGAACCAUGCAAUUACUGACUGCCGCGAAAACAGUGUUGAAAACUCAGGAAUGAGUAGAGUGGGAGAGAGUCAACUGAAGUGAGAGUUCCUUUUUUAAAACACUCUAUGUUCUUAUUUUGCAUGGGUGUUUAGUUUUCAAGAUGAAAAGGGUCAACAGUGAGCAGAUACAAACGGCUGUUUUAAGUUAUCUCAAGCGACGGCAGUUUAUUGAUUCCAGCAGUGAGACAUUUAGUAAGAAGUCGCUACGUCUUACAGAACCUUUGUCUGUAAUGGCUACCGAGGCGGCCAUUAAGAGAGAGACUGGAGUCCUGAACGUCAUCUCGUGCACAACAUGCGAGUCGGAUCCAGAGAACUAUGAGCAGCAGUAUUCCCAGAUCAAGACGUUCAUUGAAAAUACGGUGGCACCUUUCAAGGAUGAGCUGAGUUUGCUUCUCUACCCGUUGUUUAUCCAUCUCUUUCUGGACAUGAUAACAAAUGGCCACAAGUCAGCAGCUCAUAGCCUUCACAGCAAACACUGCGAGUCCUUCUUGGAUACCAGUGGACAGCGAGAUACCAGUGGACAGCGAGAGUUAGUGCAAAGUUUGACCGGCGUAAUGAACAGCAUGGAUCUCUUGACCAAUGACCACCUGACGGCAUUUAGAGACAGCAAAUAUGUCAUUCCAAUGAGCCAGGAAGCAGUGCAAUUUCUCCUCCGCUACUUACAGAGUCAAGACAACUCCAUGCUUCUUAAAGUCUUCAAUCUCCACAUCCAAAUUGAAGUGCGAGGAGCAACGACCGUGUCAUCCAAUCCCAACAGUGAUAACGGAUCCCAAGCUGUCAAUCCCACCCUCCCUCCCUCGGACAACCACUCCACCUCCUCAGAAGAAGAUAAAGCCAAGGAACGAGCUGCUCUGGCAGAGAAUAUUGAGAAAGUUAACAAGGGUCCGCCGACUCUACCGUCGAUCCUGCUGUACACAUUCGCAAAUGCAUACCAAAGACUCAGUUGUGCCACAUUGUCGGCAGAUAAUUCCCUUCUCUGUGGCGGUUUUGAAGACUCCUCCAUCCAGUUGUGGAGUUUGACCUCGAAGAAGCUGCGAGAGUCACCUCAUGAUGUCGACAUCUCUAAGGUCCACAUAGCUGGGGAUUAUAUGGAGGGGCAGGCGUAUGAAGACAGUGUCGGCAGUGAGAGCAGAAUCCUAAGGGGGCACUCGGGACCUGUGUACGGUACGUGUCUGAUGCCGGAUAACAAGGUGCUGUUGUCAUGCUCUGAAGAUACCACAGUGAGGGCCUGGAAUCUUGACACACUGUCCAAUGUCGCCGUCUACAGAGGGCAUAACUACCCCAUUUGGGGGAUAGAAAGCAGCCCAAUGGGACUAUACUUUGCUACGGCGUCCAAAGACAACACAGCGAGACUGUGGACGGCAGAGAGAACGUUUCCACUCAGGAUAUUUGUCGGCCAUUUGAUGGACGUAGAUUGUGUGAAGUUUCAUCCGAACUGUAAGUACCUAGCCACCGGAUCAAGCGACAAGACCAUCAGACUCUGGAAUAUACACGAUGGCAAGACGGUUCGAUUAUUUAAUGGUCACAGGGGGACAGUUUUGGCUCUUGCCAUAUCGCCAGAUGGAAGAUAUGUGGCAUCUGCAGGUGAAGAUCGGCGAGUGAAACUAUGGGACAUUGGCUCAGGCAGCCUGGUCAAGGAAUUAAGGGGACACACAGACUCUGUCUACAGUCUUGCAUUCAGUCCUGAUAGCUCCAUGCUCUCUACUGGUGGCAUUGACAACACACUGAGAAUAUGGGAUGUAAGACACAAUUACUCUGCUACACAAUCUGAAAGUGGUUCUGCAACUGAACUCCUAGGAUCUUUCUCCAUCAAGUCAACGGUCCUUCACUAUUCUCAGUUCACAAAAUGUAAUCUUUUGACAACUGCGGGAGUAACCUCACAGUCUUGAAGACCUAAAGUCUUUCAACUUGAGCCAUGUCCAGACAUCUCUGUGGACCCCCAGUUCCAAACCUGAACCAUUGUCUUGCCCGUUUCCUUUUUCCUUCAUUUAAUUUGUAUUUUUCUGAUAUAUUUAUUAUCAACAUAUUGAAAUUGAAGUUGAAACAGGUGGUGCAAAUGCCCCAAGCGAAUCAAUAUACAAAAUACAAAGUUAAAAGAAAUAAAAUUUCACUAAAAUAUUACACACUUACAGUCUUACAAAAAUUCAACAAACUCAAGGGCCAGCAAUAUACAGCAAAUUGAAAAGAAUUCAGUUUAAAGGCAGUGGACACUAUUGGUAAUUACUCAAAAAAUUGUAAGAAUAAAAACUUACUUGGUGACUAG